AUGCCGAAAAUUAGCCUGCGCACUCUGUGUCUCGUGACGGCGGUCUUGUGCAACGUUCAGCGGAGUCUUGAACAUGAAAUUCCGAGGAGAAGUUUCCUGUCACGCAGGGCGAUCGACGGAACUAGAGGAAGGAAGUACUUCGACCCGAACGAGGACGGUGCAUUCGACAGCUACGGAUCCGCUGGAGGCCAAUACGAUCCAUACGACCACGUGACGGAUCUCUCUGACAUCAGAAAAAAUGUGCCGGGCGAGCCAGGCGUCGACUAUCCCGCCUACACGACAUUACCUCAGACGGGAUUCACGUGUGAAGGACGUUCACGUGGCUACUACGCCGACGAGGCGGCUGGCUGCCAGGUGUUCCACGUGUGCCACGACGUGCUGGUGUCCUCUUUCCUGUGCCCGAUAGGCUCGACUUUCAGUCAGAAACUGCUGACCUGCGACUGGUGGACCAAGGUCGACUGUGCCUCCACUAACAGAUACUUCGAGGUGAAUCGCAACAGCUACCAGAUCGAUGACGACGAGAUGAUACGCAAUGCGUACGCGAUGAUCAGCCUGCAGUCCUCCGCGGAAGCUGUCACCAAGGAUGGCCUGGUGGAUCCUGACAGCGGCACAAGGAUCAUCGACUAUUCCGCGCUCGGCGCCGGCAGAACCGUGACGAGCUACACGCCCGGAUUCCGCAGGAUCACGGACUACGUCGCCGUGGACGCGACCGGAAACGAUCUGCCGAGUGGAUUCGAGAACUAUCUCCAUCAGAAUCCUAAUCAGCAGAUCUUCACGUAUGAACGCUACGACCAGCAGAAAAAGGCGAAUUCGAACGUGUACCGCAGCAAGUUCCAGAACAUGGAGAACAAAGGACGAUCACCCUAUCACGCCUCUCCGAUCAUUCGACACGAUUAUCAGCACCGAACUGGUGACAACGAGUUCCAAGACGACUACAGCAGACCCGACGGAUUCACCAAUCGGUUACAGGCGUCCUAUGCGCCUACCGUUCCCACUGUUACCACUACUACCAGAAGAUUGUAUUCACCAACGGUCCCGACGACCUAUCGACCCUCAACGUUGGCUUACAGCAAGUUGGAUCUCAUGAUGGAUAGCUCCGAUCAUCUUUAUGCGCACAGCAAGGGUUCGGUGACUCCUCCCACAACUACUCAUCAUAACGAUGACACGGGAAAUAUUGAUUUGAGAGAGAGCGAGGCCAGAUAUGGCAGAGAACGAGAUUCAAAGAAAUCAGACAGUGCCUCGACACCGAGCACGGGCGAAAAAGAUGACACUGCUCGUUCUAAGAACGACGAAGUGCGCCUCAGCUUCGAGAAGAAAUCGGGGACGAGGUUUAGAAUUAACGUGACUGAUGCGAUCGACGAGGACGAGGUGUUCAGGCAGCAGAAUGACAGGCCGGUGACUCGGAGUGAUAACCGAGAUAGUUUGGAAGACAUCGAGACGAGAGACAGCAUCGGAAUCGCUCGAGCAUUGAAUAAUCCACCUGGCAGGGUUGUCGUGCGAAAUCAAAAUCCUGUAGAUCAGCUAUCGAAGAACGAACAAAGAGGUCUGACCACUCCUAUUCCGUUGCAGACAAAACGAAGUUCAUCAGGCAGUGCAGACAUUGCGAAGAAAUCGGACAGUUUUAAUGAGACGAGCAACGAUCGGUCGACGGAAGAUUACGAAGAUGCAAUUUCGACGACGAAGAGUCCUGGAGAAACGGCAUAUACGAGAAGCUUUGGCGACAGGACGACACCACUGCUAAGAAACUGGCAGCAGAGAGAUGACGGUGUCGUUCAGUCGUCGACCAUUCCGAUAACUGUGAUAAACACGACGGAGAGAAGCUUUGACGAGACUCGCAGUGGAAAUGAUCACUCUUCCUUUAAUCAUAAUCACACAUUCGUAAACCAGAAGCCGUCAACCGAAUCAAUCGGCUCGAAUGAUGAAUCCGCAUCUAGAAUAAACAUUAACUUCGAGAUUCCUCAACCAGCGCAGUUUUUGAGGCCUCCACUGGAAAGCUUCCUCAUAAACGUCCCUGAAGAGAAGCGUUACACGACAGAAGUCGACAGAAGUUUCAAGACUUCAUGGAAUCCCGGAACGACAACGGAGGUUCCGCAAUUUUCUAGCACACUAGCAGGAAACAAUCAGGAUGAAUCGCCGUCAUACAACAAGAACAUCAAGAAGGAAUCCUUGAUUGAUUAUGACGAGAGUGUACCGGAAACGUCGAGCUUAGGAAUUCAUCGCACCCAAAUAGUUACUGAGACAACCACGUUCAUGCCAUGGCACGUUUCUACGUGGCAUGAUCAGUCGAUUGUGAAUGUCCCCGUGACCGAUAUCGUUCCGCCGAUCGUGGACUACAACGACGGUUUCGGUGAUUUUGUCCCGCCGCAUGAGCACUCGCACGUAGAAGCGUUUCAUCACAUAGAACGUGCAGAUUCUUCACCAGCCCUGGAGAAGGGCAACGAAACGGAAAUCCUGAAUCGCUACAACACAGGAUUUGCGUUCACUAUCAGGGACGCGAUCAAGGCUCAGCCGAAGGUGGACUCCAGGUCACCGUGCUCUUCUCUGACGCCUGACAAACCGCGAUCCUGCGAGACAAGUUCUACCACUCCCAGCGUCGUGGUUCCCACGCCGAGUGUACGCGAAAAGAUGAUUUCGAUUGAUACCAAAGCAAGCACGAGAUUUCCGCAACGAUUUUUCUCUUUGAGUAGCACGAAGUUACCUGAAGAGUUAGUGACAACUUCUGGCGGAUUUUCGGCUUCUAUCACACAAUCUUCGACUACUAUUAGCACAGAGGAUUCAACCUUGAAGACAGUUACACCAAGAGGCGCGCUGCGGACCAAAAAUUCUGAAGAAAAAACGCAGAAAACUGUGAAUGUAACAACGGGAAGCAGUCUGCCACGCUCGAUCCGUCCAGGAUCUUUGAAACAGAUUGAAGAGGCGAUCGAUAAACACAAUUCUCCGUACGAAGUUUCCUUUACGGUUAAACAGAACGAGAGCCUGCAGCCGACUGCUGACUUUAUCAGCCGAUUGAUCGCACAGCAUCAGCAACCAGCUUCUGUUCUGAAUGCGGAACUGGAUGACUUCGAGAUCGUCAAGUCGGCCGACCCAGAAGACGAAGUCGGCAUUUCGCAGCUGCCAAAGUUACCUGGCGCUAGUCGCGCGUUUCCAGACGAAGACAGUAGUUUCUUCAUCGCUGUCAAUGAUACGAUUAAUCGAUCGAGACAAGGUGAAUCGAACGUGAGCAUGCUGAGUCUUUUGCAGCUGAUGGCAGAAUUGUUGAAGCUGGAUCGACUACCGCGACCAUUUUCGACAAAAGACCUACGUAGCGUGGAGCUCCAACCAAAGACAUCACUAAACUUAAACCUUGAUAAACCGUCAUUCGUCACGGUAAAUCCAUUGUUUCAUCAGUCACGUACAAAAACAUCGUUCGGUAAUACGAAUUCCAAGGCGCCUUUCUUCGAUAUUUCGAAACCAUCUGCUAAUAUCGCCCAACCAAAGACAUCACUAAACUUGGAUCACACUAAAUCUUCAUCUAUCACGGCCAAUCCACUGUUGGAUCGCUUGCAAGCUAAGACGUCGUUCAGGAAUGCCAAUUCCAAGAUACCUACCUUUGAUACUUCAAGAAUAACUACUAAUAUCGCUCAGUCAAAGACACCAUCAAAUUUAGAUUUCAAUAAAUCGUCAUUCGUCACGACAACGCCAUUAUUGGAUUAUACACAAAGCAGAACGCCGUUAGCGAAUGCAGAUCCCGAGAGAUUUUCUUUUGAUGUUACUUCAAAAGCAAAUCCUACCAAUGUCGCUUUCAAGCCAUCUGAUAUUUCUUUUAGAAAUGCAAAUCCCAAUAAUGUAACCGAAGAGAAGAUAAAUCAAUCAGGGAACAAGACUAUCCGACCACUUCAGAAGGAAAAGAUUCUGGAACAGUUAACGGAGAAUUUCGGACAGCCUUUGUACCGCGAUGACUCGAUCCUCAAAUCGCUGAUAUUCGAUUUGCCGCAGGUACAGAGGAGUUUGGACUUCGAGAGCGGUUUGCCGAUAGAAGAAAGCGAGCAUGCAAUCGAUGAAAGUGAAAAGGAAAAUCCACCGUCUCCUACGAGAACGCCGACGACGACGACGACACAGAGGACAACUACGACGACUGAAUCCGUAAAAACCAUCGUUGAGACCGAGUUCGUUCCUUCUCUAGGAUUCUCUUUCGACACUGACGAAGAUCGCGAGGAGUACGUUCAAGCAAUUCUCGGAGGAUUAAUCGACGAGCACGCUGGCAAAGACGGCAGAAACGAAUCCAGCACUGCCCAACUGACAGACGGAGCUGCAAAAAAUGCAACUUCGGGACUCGAGCAACACGAGAAUUUAAAAGCUGUUUAAAAGAUCGCUGAGAAAGUU